AUGCUUCACUCGACACGUGCCCCACUCGACACGUGGUUCACUCGACACGUGCCCCACUCGACACGUGGUUCACUCGACACGUGGUUCACUCGACACGUGCCCCACUCGACACGUGCCCCACUCGACACGUGGUUCACUCGACACGUGCCCCACUCGACACGUGCCCCACUCGACACGUGGUUCACUCGGCACGUGCCCCACUCGACACGUGGUUCACUCGACACGUGCCCCACUCGACACGUGGUUCACUCGACACAUGCCCCACUCGACACGUGGUUCACUCGACACGUGCCCCACUCGACACGUGGUUCACUCGACACGUGCCCCACUCGACACGUGCCCCACUCGACACGUGGUUCACUCGACACGUGCCCCACUCGACACGUGCCCCACUCGACACGUGCCCCACUCGACACGUGGUUCACUCGACACGUGCCCCACUCGACACGUGCCCCACUCGACACGUGCCCCACUCGACACGUGGUUCACUCGACACGUGCCCCACUCGACACGUGGUUCACUCGACACAUGCCCCACUCGACACGUGGUUCACUCGACACGUGCCCCACUCGACACGUGGUUCACUCGACACAUGCCCCACUCGACACGUGGUUCACUCGACACGUGCCCCACUCGACACGUGCCCCACUCGACACGUGCUUCACUCGACACGUGGUUCACCUCGACACAUGCCCCACUCGACACGUGGUUUCACUCUACACGUGCCCCACUCGACACGUGGUUCACUCGACACAUGCCCCACUCGACACGUGCCCCACUCGACACGUGGUUCACUCUACACGUGCCCCACUCGACACGUGGUUCACUCGACACAUGCCCCACUCGACACGUGCCCCACUCGACACGUGGUUCACUCGACACGUGGUUCACUCGACACAUGCCCCACUCGACACGUGGUUCACUCUACACCUGCCCCACUCGACACGUGGUUCACUGGACACAUGCCCCACUCGACACGUGCCCCACUCGACACGUGGUUCACUCGACACGUGCCCCACUCGACACGUGGUUCACUCUACACCUGCCCCACUCGACACGUGCCCCACUCGACACGUGGUUCACUCGACACCUGCCCCACUCGACACGUGCCCCACUCGACACGUGGUUCACUCUACACCUGCCCCACUCGACACGUGCCCCACUCGACACGUGGUUCACUCGACACAUGCCCCACUCGACACAUGCCCCACUCGACACGUGGUUCACUCGACACAUGCCCCACUCGACACAUGCCCCACUCGACACAUGCCCCACUCGACACGUGCCCCACUCGACACAUGCCCCACUCGACACAUGCCCCCCCCCCACUUGACACAUGCCCCACUCGACACGUGCCCCACUCGACACGUGCCCCACUCGACACAUGCCCCACUCGACACAUGCCCCACUCGACACGUGCCCCACUCGACACAUGCCCCACUCGACACAUGCCCCACUCGACACAUGCCCCACUCGACACAUGCCCCACUCGACACAUGCCCCACUCGACACGUGCCCCACUCGACACAUGCCCCACUCGACACAUGCCCCACUCGACACAUGCCCCACUCGACACGUGCCCAGGCGUUCGACACUAUAAAAGUGCCCUAG